AAUUAUAAAAGUGAGUGCACCAACUAAUACUCUGUCAUUUCUCAUUUCUGAAUUCAUCGUUCAUUCGCAAGCAACCGUUGUGCAACCACUGCGAUUAGUCGCUGUUCAAUUUUGCGCUAAUUCGUAUACGAUCAAAUUGUUAUUUAUUUUUUUGUUCCAUUACAAUCAAGACAAACACUAUGCCUGAAGACGUAACAAUGUCUCAAACCGAAGAUGUGGAAACUUUCGCUUUCCAAGCUGAGAUUGCUCAGCUCAUGUCUCUCAUCAUUAAUACAUUCUAUUCCAACAAAGAAAUAUUCUUGCGAGAAUUGGUAUCUAAUUCUUCUGAUGCAUUGGACAAGAUUCGUUAUGAGUCUUUGACUGACCCGUCCAAAUUGGAAUCCAACAAGGAAAUGUACAUCAAGAUCAUCCCUAACCAGGAAGAAAAAACUUUAACCAUUAUUGACACCGGUAUUGGUAUGACAAAAGCUGAUCUUGUCAACAACUUAGGAACCAUUGCCAAAUCUGGAACCAAGGCAUUCAUGGAAGCGUUGCAAGCUGGUGCCGACAUUUCCAUGAUUGGUCAAUUUGGUGUUGGUUUCUAUUCUGCUUACCUAGUUGCUGACAAAGUCACAGUCGUUUCUAAACACAAUGAUGACGAACAAUACUUGUGGGAGUCAGCUGCUGGAGGCUCUUUUACUAUUCGUCCAGACCCUGGUGAACCUCUCGGCCGUGGUACCAAAAUUGUCCUUCACAUCAAAGAGGACCAAAGUGAAUUCCUUCAACAAGAAAAAGUCACUGGUAUCAUUAAGAAACACUCUCAGUUCAUUGGCUAUCCGAUUAAAUUGGUUGUUGAGAACGAACGCGACAAAGAAGUGAGUGACGACGAAGCUGAGGAAGAAAAGAAGGACGACGAAACCGAAGAAGACAAGAAACCAAAGAUUGAAGAUGUCGGUGAAGAUGAAGAUGAAGACAAGAAAGACGAAGAAAAAGAUAAGAAGAAAAAGAAGACAAUUAAAGAAAAGUAUUUGGAUGAAGAAGUGCUGAACAAGACCAAACCCAUCUGGACACGUAACCCAGAUGACAUCAGCCAAGAUGAGUACGGUGAAUUCUACAAGUCUUUAACAAAUGACUGGGAAGAUCAUUUGGCUGUCAAACAUUUUUCCGUUGAAGGACAACUGGAAUUCAGAGCUUUGUUGUUCAUCCCCAAGCGCGCGCCUUACGAUAUGUUUGAAAACAAGAAGAAGAAGAAUAACAUUAAGUUGUAUGUGCGUCGUGUGUUCAUUAUGGACAACUGCGAAGACCUCAUGCCGGAGUACUUGAACUUUAUCAAGGGUGUUGUAGACAGUGAAGAUUUGCCAUUGAACAUUUCUCGUGAAAUGCUCCAACAAAACAAGAUUCUCAAAGUCAUUAGGAAGAACUUGGUAAAGAAGUGUUUGGAAUUGUUCGAGGAGUUGGCCGAAGACAAGGACAACUACAAAAAGUUGUAUGAACAGUUCAGCAAGAACUUGAAACUUGGAAUCCACGAAGACAGCCAAAACAGAAAGAAACUGUCUGACUUGUUGAGGUUCCACACUUCAGUCACUGGUGACGAUAUUUGCUCAUUGAAGGACUAUGUUGCCCGCAUGAAGCAAAACCAAACUCACAUUUACUACAUCACCGGUGAAAGUCGCGAACAAGUAUCUAAUUCUUCAUUCGUCGAACUUGUGAAGAAGCGUGGCUUUGAAGUCAUAUACAUGACUGAGCCCAUUGAUGAGUACGUCGUACAGCAAAUGAAAGAGUAUGAUGGCAAGAACUUGGUAUCUGUCACCAAAGAAGGAUUGGACCUGCCUGAAACAGACGAGGAAAAGAAAAAACAUGAAGAAGACCAAGCCAAGUUUGAAAAAUUGUGCAAAGUUGUUAAGGACAUCUUGGACAAGAAAGUUGAAAAGGUCGUCAUUAGUAACAGAUUGGUUGAGUCGCCUUGUUGUAUCGUCACUUCUCAAUAUGGAUGGACUGCGAAUAUGGAACGUAUCAUGAAGGCCCAAGCACUCCGGGACUCCUCCACCAUGGGCUACAUGUCUGCAAAGAAACACUUGGAAAUCAAUCCCGAACAUCCAAUCAUCGAGACUCUCAGACAAAAAGCCGAAGCAGACUCGAACGACAAGGCUGUUCGAGACUUGGUCAUGCUUUUGUUCGAAACCAGCUUGUUAUCUUCUGGUUUUGGACUUGAAGACCCACAAGUCCAUGCUUCUAGAAUACACAGAAUGAUCAAAUUGGGUUUGGGUAUCGAUGAAGAUUUACCGGUCGUUGAAGAGAAAUCAGCUGAUGUUGAAGCCACACCAGUCAUUGACGCUGAUGCUGAAGACUCAUCACGCAUGGAAGAAGUCGAUUAAUUUUUUCAAAAUAAUAACAAUAAAAAAAAUAGGAAUUGUUUUGUAAAAAUUAAUCCAAUUUGUUUUUAUUUUUAUUAUGUUUAUUGUUAAGACUGAUUUGUCUAUCUUUUAUUUUUUUACUUCAAACUUUUUCUGCAGCGCAUUUUUUAUGUAUACAAAUUAUUCAAUUUAAACAAAUUAAGAUUUGCGUUUGUAAGUUUGCUUGGAGUUACAUACUUCAAAGAGGUCUGUUCCUAUUUAAUUAAACAUAUUAUACAACAAA